GGCGGGUCUGUAAUUGCAUCGCAGCUGAUCUGGAGGCCACCACCCCCUCCUCCGCCCCCCGAAGUUGUUUUUUUGCAUGAGAGUGAGGGAAGAAUCUCAUUCGUAUUUUCUUGUUUGACCCUACUGUUUAUUAAAAAAAUGGACUGGCUUCGUUUCUCAAGCUAUCAUUUUAAUCCAUAAAACCGCGCGCAGUUGCACGAUGCCCCUUAACGCCAGAAAAAAUGCUUUGAUGGCAAAUGUCAAAGGAAUCUUUUGUGAAUUCAAGUCAGCUUUAACCCAGUUUUGGUGGUCGCGGCUUUGCUUGUGUUAGUCACCAGAGGAGAUGUUUUCGGCCGGAGAGGGGGUCACGUCCAGCUUGUUGAGCUCCGGAGGAGGUGCGAUCUCCCCUGCCUUGGAGCUGAGCCUCACCAGCGCGUACACCGUCCUGUACUCGCUCCUCUUCGGCUUCGUCUACCUGCAGCUGUGGCUCCUUCUGCACUACGGAUACAAGCGCUUCAGCUACCAGAGUGCCUUCUUGUUCCUGUGCUUGCUGUGGGCAGCGCUCAGGACAACUCUCUUCUCUUUCUACUUUGAAAAUGGGGCGCAGGCCAAACAGUUGCAGCCGCUGGCCUACUGGCUGCUCUACUGCUGCCCGGUGUGCCUCCAGUUCUUCACCCUUUGCCUGCUCAACCUCUACUUUUGGCAGGUGGUGUUUAAGGCAAAGGCCAAGUACUCCCCAGAGCUCAACAAAUACAGGGUUGCUCUAUCAUUGUUCUUCCUGUCCCUCUGUAUAUUUUUUCUUGUGGUGAAUUUAACAUGCGCAUUGUUGGUGCAAGGAGCUUUGGAGCAUUCUGAAUUGCCAAGAAAUGUGAGACACGCUGUUUUGGCUCGCGUCCUGAUCAACGACAGUCUUUUUGUCCUGUGUGCUGUGUCUUUGGCCGUCUGCAUCUUCCGCAUCGCCAAGAUGUCUUCAGCUAAUGUUUUCCUCCAAUCCAAGGGGACAUCAGUGUGUCAGGCGACUGCCUUAGGAGCGAUGGUAAUUGUCCUCUACACAUCGAGAGCUUGUUACAACCUGGUGGCGGCACUGUCUCCAAUGGGCAGACCCGAUUUGUGCAACUACAGCUGGUACAGUGUUUCUGAUCAGGCUGUGUUGAAGCUCAGCGGCGAGGCCUACAUGGUGUUUGGGAUCAUUUUGUUCUUCUGGGAGCUCCUGCCUACAAGCUUGAUGCUGCUUUACUUCCGCGUCCAGAAGCCCAAUCAGAACCUGGUUCCCGCAGGAAUCCUCAACAGCCACACUUUCGGCUCCAAGGAUUCUUUUUUUGACGACCCAAGGCGAUACGACAGUGAGGACGACCUGUCCAGAAGCAACAGGGGCGAUCGGGCCAGCCUGCCCUCUUCCACUGCACAGCCUAAUUGCGUGUCUAGUUGGUACGGCUCUAUCCAGUGUAACGGGAGCCUUGUGUCGACCCAGCCACUGCCGUCCUCCACGGCCCCGCUCCUAUUCGCUUAUGGAAACGUCCAGAGCACCCAGCACCACCACCACAACUACUACUCCACGCCACAGAGUAACCAGCACCAUCACGGUUAUUAUUACUCUACCCCUCAGAACUGAGUAGAUAAAGUCCUUCUUUCUGGAACCAUUGCCCUUCUCCUCCAAGUUUGGAGAACAACGAUUGUUUGAUGAGAAAUAUGAGGUCCAAAAUUCCUGACCAUGAUCCUCAGAAUCAUGCUUUUAUGGGGGUCCAUCCAUCCAUUAAAAAAACUACUACAAUAGUCAGUCUUGAUUUAGAAUUGAAAAUACAUUUGUUUGAAAGAAACAAAAAGGCUAUCACUGGACACUUAAUUAGGACAGUUAAUGAGAGUCAUUACAAGAAGUGAAUCAAAAGGUCAGAUUAAACUAAAAUGUUAUGUCCUGAUUUCAUGUUUUGGGGGUGCAUUCCGGCUUGGUCCCAUCAUAUCUCAGCAUUCACACAUAUUUUCUAAGUUCAUAACAUGAGUAUUCUUGUGGUUGUAUUUUGCUGUAAUAUUUUGGUUACCGUCCGUCAAUCCAUUUUCCACACCGCUUAUCCCCACUUGGGUCGCAGGCGAGCUGGUACCUCUCCCAGCUGAUUUAAGGCGACAGGCGGGAUACACCCUGGACUGGUCGCCAGCCAAUCACAGGGCAUUUUGGAUACCUUUCGCAAAAUAUGCUCAUAAUGUCUGACAGCAUCAAUCGGAACACUAUUAUCUUUUUGAUUUUGCUUUGAUUUUUGAUCUGUGAUUAUUUACUGUAGGUGUCCGUAAUGUGUUGUGGCUGAUGAGUGAUUUGCAGAAACCAAAUGAACGCCUCAAGGGUCAUCUAGCGGUACUUGCCUUGAAAUAAGACCUUUCAGGGAUUAGGUCCCCUUUUCAAUGUCUGCCACAUGGUCUAAAGAGUUGAGAUCUUCUUUUAACUGCUCAAUUAUUACAUUUUCAAGAAAUAUUUAAAUUGGUCAAUAUCACUAUGAAGUGCUUUUGGUGUUCUCUUUUGAAUCAUUAGUCACCAUGAAAAUGUGGCAGGAUAUAAGUUUGUCAAAAUGCAGUUUCUUCAUUUUAUAGCAAUUUUUAGUUGUUGUUCAUUUGAUGAUGAUUUGAUGAUAGUGAUUUUCGCAUUUUCCACUCAAUGCUCUGCCAAGUACAGUGAGUGCAAUAAGUGGUUCAAUGAUUCUAAAUUUAAAAAAAAAUUAACAUGGUUUUAUCUCCACAUCAAGUUAUUAAAUAACAUGAGUCAUUUGGAUAAAUAUAAAAAAAAUAUAUAAAUAUUUUGGGUGAGAUGGGGAAGUCCCAAAAGGCACAAUACGGUGAUAGUGACUCAGGUGGUUCUGGAGGAGCACUGUGAAACGUGGUCAGCACGUCUUGCUCAACACUCAGAUGUUUUCAGUUUGAAUGUGUUGAGUUUGCAUGCUCUACCCGUGCUCAUGAGGGUUUUCUCCAGGCACUAUGCCCCCCCCAAUGUUCCAAAAACAAGCAUGUUAGGUUAAUUGAACACUCAAAAUUACCCAUAGGUGUGAAUGGUUGCGUUUAUAUGCACCUGCGGAUUAACUGGUGACCAGUCCAGGCAUGUAAACUGGGAUAUUCCAUGACCCAGUACAGGAUAAGCAGCAAGCAAACGACUGGAUGGAAGCUGUCUGUUGAGAAAAUAAUUAAGUUUACCCCAACACAUCAUGACUGAAUGUGAUCUGCAGCAGUUUUACAGUUGCAAAUAUCAACACAGUACCACAAAGCUAAGUAUAUUUGCACCAUCUAUGGUAGGUGUCAUAGUAAUCAAGAAUAAGAUUGUCGUGGUCCACAGGCUGGACAGCUUGGCCAAAAACCUUUAUAAGCUUUGCUGCAACCUUUUGCACUCGAAUGUGUUUAUCCUAUGAGAGAGGAAGGAGAUGUCACUCUGCCAUCACGUCAAAUCUCAUACUUUCAUUCCUCAAGGAAAAUAUGUUUGCACAAGAUAUGGUCAAGUGAUGUAUGUAUUGAAUCAUUUGCAUGUUUCUAUUUGAAAGUCAUUAUGUUUGUGAUCUGAACAAUGAGGAUGCUUCAUAUGCUUUGGUUUUUUUAUUCACCAUAGCUUUACUGAUUUAACAAGUUUGUACUUUUACAUUGUUUUCCCGUUAUCACUAAUUGAAUGAUUUCUUUGUGUUUGGUGUCUGACCUAUUUUCUGAAAGCAAGUUAACAAACAUGUCGUGUGUUAAAUCUAAUAGCGAAUUAGAUCAACAAGUGAUUGUAGCCUCUAUAUGCCCUGAUCUUGACGAGAAGCCCACGUUCAAGCGGGAGAAGAUUAACAAUAUCUCAUGUUUUUGCCUUUUUUUUUCCAUGAAAAAAAACAUUAAAAUUUUAACUACAAAAAAAUAACAUCCUUUUUGCAAGCUUGGAGUUUAAAUCACACCCUCUCUUUUCUGAAAGGAAGAUACAAUAGGUAGCUACAUUAUGAUCCCAAUGGAGAUUCCAGAAAAGGAAAGCUAGUGGCAAAUAUGGGUCCACAAGCUGGUAGAGUUCAAAUUCAGACUGUAUUUCAAACAAGCUUUGGCAGAAGGAAACUGCAGCCAGCGUGUUCUUGAAAUGUGGUCAGUUUGCAAAACGUUUUUGUUUCUUGAAAGGUCAUUGAAGGAAGUUCUCUGUUCCAUUUUUUAAGUAGCCUGUGCAGUGCAUGGCUCUGCAUCAUAAUACAAGUCAACAUCUUUAUGUUCGAUGAUAAUCCCUCAAGAAAAGUUGUCUUUUACCCAUGAGGACCACACUGAAUGUAACCUGUUUUGUGACAGACAAAUCACCAAUGUCAUUAAAAUAAAUGAGCACUAUGUUUGAAUAAAAGCUUACUGCACUGUU